AUGGCUGAUAUCUACGAGAACGCCUUCAUCACCAUCGCUGCGACAAGAUCUCCUAACAGCUCGAGAGGAUGUUUCGCCGAUACGGAUUCGAGGUUUAUUGCUGCACCUGUUUCUGGGUAUAGUGGUGUUUACGUGCGCGUGUUAACCCCAAGGUGGCCUCCGAUUUGGGCCAUGCACGACUCAAAGAUGCCAGAAUGGCCACUCUUAACACGUGGCUGGGUAUAUCAAGAACUACGUUUAUCAACUCGCAUUCUUCACUUCGGCCCAGAGGAAGUCACCUGGGAAUGCGCAAGCCAGAGGAGGUGCGAGAGUGGGCUGAACGAUGAGGAUUGGGCAGCAGAUGAUGCGUAUUAUGACACCCAGGGUUAUGCCUCGUGGCCGUAUUGGAGACUGGAAAGAGAACCUUUGUUGCUCUGGCACAGAACUGUCCACGAAUACUCAGGCUUGAGACUCAGCUUUGAGACUGAUAAGCUGGUGGCCCUGUCUGCUUUGACCAAGCGCAUGGAAGAGCUGAGGGUCAAUGACAGAUAUAUCUUGGGCCUUUGGGAGAAGACACUGCUAUUGGACCUUCUCUGGAAUUACGAAUAUCUGCCAUCUCCCGAGCUCACCGCGGUGUUCCCGUCGAUGAAUUCAAAUUUCCCUUCUUGGACCUGGGCAUCCAGAGAAAACCCCGUAGGUUGGAAGAGUCAUUUGACUACAACCCUUGCCUCGGUUUGCGUGAAGGGAAUAAACUAUACACCAUGCGGGCCGCGUCAUAUGGGCUUCCCAUCUGGAGCAGAAAUUGUUCUGCAGGCACCACUGGUUGAGUCACGCCAACUUGUUCGAAAUGUGCGAAGCACUUUGGAAAGACUUUCAAGAUGCCAGCCUGACAGGGGCCCGGACCUACUAGGGCGGGCAAGCCGCCUUUCAUCCGUCCCUGAUCACCCCGAUGCGAACGUGCUCCUCGAGGAGCUGGACGUGGAAGCCUUCUGGAACGAUGAGAAAGUCUGCUAUCAGCAUCUCUACGAUGGUGUCCUAGAUGAAGGGACAGGAGCAACAGCGGAGGAGUCACUGCAAAGAUAUUUCUUGCCCAUCGGGAUCAGUCCCCCAGGCACCGGGGACAGAGUAUGGGCUAUUCAAGUUCAGAGAAAGCCAGGCACGGACAAGUUUCAAAGGGUUGGAUUUGGUGCUGUGAGCCAUGUUAUGGCUUACGAGGCAGAUUUGCGGGACGAAGCAGGCCGUCUUCGAAUCGAUUCAGAUAUAAGCGUUGAAGUCCUAAGGACCCUCAGGGGUCGAGUGACGGCAAUUCUUGAUCGCAUGCCUACACAAACCAUCACGCUAGUCUAG